AUGGCCUCCUCGACUGCCAUCCCGCCCGCCGUGCCCGACCAGGCCGGCGCCGACGCCGCUGCCGCACGCGUCGCGGCGCCGCCGUCGAUCAUCCUGACGCUCUCGUGUCCGGACCGGCAGGGCAUCGUGCAUGCCGUGUCCGGCUGGCUGGCGUCGCGCGGCCUCAACAUCCGCGACUCGGCGCAGUUUGGCGACGCCACGACGCGCCGCUUCUUCAUGCGUGUGCACGCCGAGGCGAUGCGCGACUCGAGCAAGGGCCUCGGCCUGACGCAGGAGCGCCUGCGCGAGGAGUUCCAGCGCGACCUCGCCGGCGAGAUGCAGAUGGACUUCGACGUGCAGAGCGACGACUACAAGCCGCGCACGCUGCUCAUGGUCUCGAAGAUUGGCCACUGCCUCAACGACCUGCUCUUCCGCGUCUCGUCGGGCACGCUGCCCAUCACCGUGCCGCUCAUCAUCUCCAACCACAACGACUACGCCGACCUGGCCGCGGCACACAAGAUUCCCUUCUUCCACCUGCCCAUCAACGCCAAGGAGGGCAAGACGAAGGAGUGGCAGGAGGACGAGAUUGUGCGCCUGGCGAGCGAGUACAAGAUCGACCUUGUGGUGCUGGCGCGCUACAUGCAGAUCCUCUCGCCGAAGCUCUGCCAGAUCAUGUCGGGCCGCAUCAUCAACAUUCACCACUCGUUCCUGCCUUCGUUCAAGGGCGCCAAGCCGUACCACCAGGCCUUCGAGCGCGGUGUCAAGCUGAUCGGUGCCACCUCGCACUUUGUCACGGCCGACCUGGACGAGGGCCCGAUCAUCGAGCAGCAGGCGCAGCGCGUCGACCACGCCCACUCGCCCGCCGACCUGGUGCGCGCGGGCGCCGACGUCGAGGCGCUCGUGCUGGCGCGCGCCGUGCGCUGGGUGGCCGAGAAGCGCGUGCUGCUCAACGGCAGCAAAACGGUCGUAUUCAACUAG